AUGAGGGCUUCUUUGGGUGCUGUAAUUGGUAGGUACACAUCAAGUGAUGGAACUAUCCACAUGGGUGGAAAUGGGAUCAUAAAGCAUAACAGAAAAUGCAGAGACAUAGCUGUUCUUGUCAUCUUCAUUGCUUUCUGGGUUGCCAUGAUUGUUAACUCUAGCUUUGCUUUCAACCAAGGAAACCCUUUAAGGCUUACUUUUGGGCUAGACUACAAAGGAAAUGUGUGUGGGGAUAAGCAUGCAGGACUUCAUGAGUUGGAGCUCAAGUACUGGCUAAACCCUAAUCAGGUUUAUCAAAGUGGGUUGAAGGAUAGUCAGUUUAAACUUGCUGAUGCUCGCAGUAUAUGUUUGUUGGACUGUCCUAGUCCGUCUGAAGAGUCACUUACUUGGGUUUGUGAUUAUCCUGAAGGAGAUAUUCGUGUUUCGAUGAAUGAUUGGAUUGAUAUGAAUUAUGAUUAUUAUGAGUUACUCACGCCGGAAAUGAAAAACUCGUCUGUUCAACUUCAAGGCCCUUGUUAUCCUGUCAUAUUUCCUAGUGUAAAUGUUCACUGGAGUUGCCAAUUCAUUGCUAGAGCAUCAAACGUGUCUUUAAAGCAUUGGCAGCAGUUGGGUGGAGUUAACAUCAAUGAAGAUACUGUCAUUGAUAAGUCAAUUCACCGGUAUAUCAAUUCUCACUCGGCUAUCUUAGAGAGAUACAUGGCUGACAUAGGAAAGACAUGGCCUGUGCUCAUUGUUUGUGGUGGGAUUCUACCAUUGUUUCUCUCUGUGAUUUGGCUGCUUAUGAUCCGGCAUUUUGUUUCUGCAAUGCCUUGGAUAACGGUGGUUUUCUUUGAUCUUCUAAUAGUAUCAGUUACAAUGUUCUACUACCUAAAAGUUGGAUGGAUAGGAAAUGACACUAUAACACCAAUCAUUGGCGAGCAUGAUCCUUACAUUCAUAUAUAUGGAAGGGAGCUGACUCAUCUACGUGUUGUCACUAUCCUCAUGACUUUUAUAAUGGUUGUUUCUAUUCUUACAUCAAUCGCUAUUGUUCGGCGCAUCCUUAUGGCAACUUCUGUCCUUAAGGUUGCAGCAAAAGUGAUAGGAGAAGUUCAAGCACUUAUUGUUUUCCCAAUCAUACCAUACGGUAUCCUUGCAGUGUUCUACAUGUUAUGGAUUUCGGUUUUUCUCUAUUUAUUCAGCUCUGGCCAGGUUGUUCAAAACGACUGUCACUCUAACUGCUGUUCAUAUAACCUCAUGGAAAAGAGGGUAAUCUGCGAUCGCUGUUGCGGAUAUAGCAUCCAUUACACACCACAUAUUGGAGUUGCUAUCCUCUUUCACCUAUUUGGUUGUUAUUGGGUUACGCAAUUUCUCAUUGCAUGCUCAUCAACAGUGAUUGCCGGAUCCGUCGCCUCUUAUUAUUGGGGCCAGGGUGAUGCAUCACCAGAAAUUCCUUUUAUUUCUGUCUUUUCCUCCAUGAAGAGGCUUAUUCGUUACAGUCUUGGUUCUCUGGCUCUUGGCUCCUUGACUGUUUCAUUUGUAGAAUCGAUCCGCCUCCUGCUCGAAUCUAUUCGCCGCAAACUGAAAGUUUCCAGUCAUGUGCCUGACAACUGGUUCGGGAAGGCUGCAUACCAGUCAUCUCAACUAUUUCUCAUGUGUAUCGAGUGGACCAUCAAAUCAAUCAACCGAAAUGCUUAUAUCAUGAUAGCUAUAACCGGUAAAAGUUUCUUUGGAGCUUCAUCCAUUGCAACAAGUUUGAUUAAGAAUAACAUCUUACGUAUUGGACGUGUCAACGUGAUCGGAGACGUUAUCUUAUUCCUCGGAAAACUAUGUGUCAGCCUCUCAAGUGCUGUUUUCGCUUUCCUCAUGUUAGACACUCACAAAUACAAAUCUGCACAUAACAAGAUUUCAUCUCCGUUCUUUCCUGUUAUGGUCUGCUGGGCUCUUGGAUAUAUCGUUGCGACACUUUUCUUUGGAGUCAUAGAGAUGUCAAUCGACACCAUCAUUGUCUCAUUCUGUCAGGAUUCUGAAGAGCAUGGAACAGCGCAAUAUGCUCCUCCUCUUCUCAUCGAAACUCUCAGUGACCAAAAUGAGAUGCAAAGACUCGCGCAAGGAUCCGAUUAA